AGUUUUGUCCAGCUAAGAGAAAGUAUAAAACUGCAACUGAAUUUCCCUGGAUACUUUUACAGGUAUUUACAAAUAUUUUUAAUCAUCUUUCCUGGGCAUCAGUUUUUAGUUUAUUUUUGAAUGAACCAAACGAUGUCCUUUCUGCCAUUUCCAGAAAUUUGUUAUAAAAAAAUUUAUUUGAAGGAAAAUUGUUCUGAAAUUGGUUUGAACAUAAGUUUUUUGCCAAUUAAUUGUUAAAUGUAGAUUUAUUUAUUUAUUUUUAAAAAGUAUUUUUAGGGAAGGUCAAGGUGCAAGAAUUUUGGGGAAAAUGUAAAAAAAAAAAAAAAUUGGGUUUGUUUUUUCCCAUUAUUUCAUUUUGAACAAAUUUCUGAUCCAAGUAUUUUCCUUCAAACAAAUCUUUUUCGUACAAAUACUCAAUAAGCAAAUUCUGCUAUGUGAUGUGGUUUGAUGUAUGAUGGUUGUUUUUGUUGUUUUUUUAAACAUGUUAAGUGCAUUUAAAUUGCCACCAGUCGCCUGUUUAUCUGGUUUGAUUCAUUAAUAGAAUUCAGUUUUUUCAUCAACUUAAAAUAUGUGAAGAUCAAAAAACAUAAUAAAAGAAAAUAAAAGUUUAAGUUUUUUAACAUUGUUUUUUUUCUGCCUCGCAGUGAAUGUCCAACACUUGCAUCUUCAAUACCUUACUUCCAUGUGACCAAUGAAGCUGACGAGUCAAGUGGGAUUCACCUUAUUGUAUGUGUCCAUGGGCUGGAUGGUGAGUUAAUGAUGGCAUGUUUCAAAUGAGCUGUUUGUUUGUACAUUAGUCAGUGCAUUGGUCAGUGCAGUGGUCAGUCUGGAAGGGAGAUAACGCAAAAUGAUAAUUCUUGUUAUGGUAUGUAUCUCUCCCUCUGAGGAUCACCUCUCCGUCUAUCAUAUUUUUACUAUCAGGAUAGUAUUGAGAAUGUAUAAAAAAAUCACAAUGUAAAUUUUCAAGAACUGUAAAUAUAGAAAUGUGUUUACCUCUGGGGAUCUUUACCUGUGGUCCACGUGUCAGAGGGGCAGUGAGCCGCAUGUGUCAGAGGGGCAGUGAGAUGCAUGUGUCAGAGGGGCAGUGAGCUGCAUUUCCUUUAAUUUUAUUUUAUGCAUUUUUUAAAUUUUAUUCUAUGAAUCGCUCAGAGACUUUCAUCUGAUUGCCUGACCGUUCGAUGGAAUAAAUAUUGGUUUAUAUGUUGUAAUUCAUUAUGUAUCUAUGGAAGAAACGUUUUAGCAGGGGGUGGCAUGGGGAAUUUUUUUUGUUGUAGGUAAUCUUUUCUGAAUUCUAAUUGCUUUUUCCCUCACCCCACUCAACCCUUGUUCAGUGAGGGGACAACCUGUGAACGAAAUACUGCUGUAGUUUGAAAGGAUUGCAAAUUUUAACAAACGCUUCGUGAGAAAUUCUGUGAAUCAUGUCCAAUGUCGUACCACUGUGUAAGCCUCAAGAAGUUAUCAUGCAUUGUUCUUUUGCAGGCAACAGUGCUGACCUCAGGCUAGUUAGAACUUACAUUGAGAUGGCACUUCCAGGAUUCAGACUGGAGUUUUUGAUGUCUGAGAGGAACCAGGUACACAUACAAUAACUCAAUCUGUUUGAUUACAUACGGAAGUUGCUUUCGACUCCUGAAGUUAUUUUUAAGUGUUUUUUUUUUGUUUUGCAUCAAGUUCAUAUUUACUCAUAUUUACAUUUAAAUAUUUUUUUAGUGUUUUCCCUCUUUCAUAAAAAAUAGCUGUGGCCACAAGCAGCCACCAUUUCCUAGCUGUUUGACAUCAUAACAUGUAGCUCCUACCAUUUCCAAGCUGAUUCACAUCAUAUCAUAUAGCUCCUACCAUUUCCCAGCUGUUUGACAUCAUAACAUGUAGAUCCUACCAUUGCCCAGUUGUUUGACAUCAUAACAUGUAGAUCCUACCAUUGCCCAGUUGUUUGACAUCAUAACAGGUAGAUCCUACCAUUGCCCAGUUGUUUGACAUCAUAACAUUUAGAUCCUACCAUUGCCCAGCUGUUUGACAUCAUAAAAUGUAGAUCCUACCAUUGCCCAGUUGUUUGACAUCGUAACAUAAAUCAAAAAGUAGAAUUUUAAAACUACUUGGCACCAGUCCACUGAAAUAUUGAUAUUGAAUUUUACAAAUUUUGAGCUGUGUGCUAUUUAAAUAAGAUUUAAGCCUUUUUGGGAGUCUCUGUGCCAAGAGGACGGAGCCCUUGUUACAAGUUUGACACUCAUAUUACAAAAAAAAUUAUAUAAAAUAAACUAUUUCAUUUAUAUGUAUAAAACUAUGUAUAUUAUUGUAAAAAAUUGAUUGAAGUAAUGCAAUCUUCAAGAAUCAAAUUGAAAUCUCAACAUUUAGGCAAAUGAACUAUCCAGAUUUGCAUAAUUUAUAUGUGUAAUUUUUUUUUGUUACGCUUAGAAUAAACAUGACUUACUUGUAUCAUUUGUGUGAAUUUUCUUGAUGAAUGAAGCCUGAAUAAGUCCUAAAACUUGUGUUUUGGCAAAUAAGGCUUAUGGAGGCCCUUCAGACACCUCUGACACAUGGGUCUACUCCUUUUCCUGUCUCCUGCUAUUUGAGGCAUAUUCAUAAAUAGUUAAAUCAGUGUCACUGUCAGAAGUUUUGAAAUUGUAUGAUAUUACUUGCAACACAAAGAAAGUUUAUGACAAAAGCUAGUAAACAAUCAACAGGGGAUGCCAUUAAAAUCCCAGGAUGUGCAGGAAAUGUAAGAAGCAUUACUGGGCCGAGAGAGGAUUAAGUUUUAGCAAAAUUUGAAAUGCAUUUUAUAUUUUCAAAAUGAUUACUGUAUGUGAUGCCAUAUAUAUUAAUUCAAAGAUGUUAUUUUUUUUACAUUGAAAUAAAAUAAUUUUAAUGACAUAAACAUAUUCCCUUUCAUUUUAUUUUCAUCAAAUGUUUUAUGAUUUUCAUUGAUGUUUAAAGUGAAGAUCAGAUUUCCGUUCCUAAACCUGUCUGGUAAAAAAUAGCAAGUCCAAAUCAAAAAUCUUUUUGCUAUGUUUUUUUUAAUAAAAUAAAAAAAUUUUCCUUUUCUCUUAGCAAGACACUUUUGCAGACUUUGAUAAGAUGACUGAAAGACUGGUGGAUGAAAUUCUGUCUUAUAUGGAGACAUUUGGCUUUGAUAUAACAAGAAUAAGGUACGGUGCAAUGAGAAUUGGUUUCUGUCAUUGUUUGGUAGUGGUGGUGGUGGUGGUGGUCUUUUUUUUGUUUUUUUUUGUUGUUUUUUUUACUUCGUACUUUUAAAAAAUUAUUCAAUGUUAAAAUACAGCAUGAAAUCAAUAAAGAUCUUUACUAAAACCUAAUAAGCCUGAUUAAAAUGAUUUGCUUACAAAAAUAGAUAAUCUAUUUUAAUAAAUACUUACUUGCCCUCAUGGGACAGGUUAGUGUGAUCUGUAAAGAUUUUAGAUUCAUUUUAAGAGAGUGGCAUUAUUUAAGAAAUUGAAGUAAUUCUAUAGAAUUACUAUAAGAAUUACUAUAUUAGAAUGGUGGUUAUUGAAGAAACAUAUUUAUUUCUCUUGUUUUAUUGAAUUCUCCCCCAGUUUUGUAGGUCACUCUCUGGGCAACAUCAUUAUUCGGUCGACCCUCUCCCACCCCAAGAUGGUGCACCUUCUUCCCAAACUGUACACCUUGCUGUCCCUGUCAGGCCCUCACCUGGGCACCCUGUAUAACACCAGUGGCCUGGUCAACAUGGGUGAGUGUCUUAUGACCAGUAACUGUGUGCUUCUACUGUUUUACCCAAUACUACUGUCAUAAUUUAGAUCUUGCUGUUCCCUUGGGUUAUCCAGGUGUUCCCUUGGGCCAUCCAGGUGCAUAGAGAGAGGCCAUUUGCUGUCUAGGGAACCAAAUUAUAGUCCUGAAGAAUAAUCCCCUAGCCUUGUGAUUUCGUCCUGCUAAGUCUACACCGUCGUCACAUUGUGAUGGACGGACGCCAGAAAAUUUAGAUCUGCAUUUUAAGAUUCUGUCAGUGGGGUAAAUGAAGGGUUUAAUCCACAGGUUUUAGUAUCAAGUACUUUACGUGAAUUAAUGAAGAGCUUUGUUUGUGAAGAUUAUCGGUGAUACAGCCUACAAAUAUUUCAUCUAUGUGUAGCCAGGUUAUACUGACAACAUUAAUACAAUUGGUCUAUUGGUUGGUAUAUUUCCAGCUUUAUGUUUUCUGUACCAGUCUAGAAGGGACCAAUCUGAUUUUUAAUGAACUUACUUUAGGGUCAGUUUUUAAAUGUAAAAAAUGUUGCUUUACUCACACACUAAUUAUUCACCUGUUUCUAGGAAUGUGGUUUAUGCAGAAAUGGAAGAAGUCUGGUUCUCUGCUUCAGCUGUCACUAAAGGACCAAACGGACCUAAGACAGACAUUUUUAUACAGACUCAGUCAGAAACCAGGUGAAUAAAUCUAUUAAGUUUUUGCAAACGCUCAGGGGAGCAAGCUUAUCAUAUUAAUCAUCAUCAUACUUAUCAAAUACAGGGGAAAGGAAAUCUUCUUUAGGACUAAACACUGAAAGACAUCAACUUUCAUCUUCAAUACAUUGUGACCAAUCACAUUCAUCAAGUGGGCAUCUCAAAGUGAUGACUUUAGCUUGACUACUGGUCCUUUUACUGCUAUAUGUUGCUACUUUCAAACAAAGUCAAAUAUAUUAAAAACCUUGUUACCACUCUUUAGAAAUUCUUUCUCCCUGACUGAAACAUUUUGUUUGCCAAAAUUUUCUGGUCACAUUUCUUUAAAGAUUGCCAUAACAUGACUCAUUUAUGUACACUCUUGUUGUUUUUGUUUUGUUUUCAGUCCUGCAGCAUUUUAAGCACGUGUUGUUGGUUGGUUCUCACCAAGAUCGCUAUAUUCCUUAUCAUUCUUCCAGAAUUGAGAUCUGCAGGGCUGCUCAGAAGGACACUAGUACGACAGGUAAAUAUGUGCCACUCGCUUUGACAGGAGUAGAUUACUGUGAUGUUGUUGUGAUCAAGAAUUUACUCUCAAACCCUUCUUUGCAACACAACUGUGUUUGACAAGUUUCUAAUUUAAUAGACAAGUGGGCAUAUCUCUUACAAAUACAUCUUUGGUAUUUGAACUCUGUGCUGAAUGUCAGUUUUGUUAUUUGAACUCUGCGCUGAAUGUCAUUUUUAUUAUUUGAACUGUGUGCUGAAUGUCAGUUUGUUUAUUUGAACUCAGCUGAAUGUCAUGGAGUUGACAUCUUUGAUACAGAAAUUAACUAAAUGUGAUCUUAAACCUGAUUUAAUGGAACAAGUUGACAUUUUUAGCCUCGCUGGAAAAAUGAUUUUAAAAGUUAAUUUAUGACAAAUAGCAAAUGUUUUAAGACCCGGUGUUAUAUUUUUCCUUGUCUGACAGCUUAUAACUUGUUAAAAUUGUUGUUGUUCAACUUCUCUCUGAUACUGUCCAAUCAGGCGCUGUUUACAGAGAAAUGGUGCAGAACAUUCUGGAGCCCAUCAUCCAGUCUCCACACUGUACACUCAUACGAUACGAUGUUUUCCACGCACUCCCCUCCACCGCCAACACCAUGAUUGGACGGGCAGCCCAUAUAGCUGUUCUUGACUCUGAGAUUUUCAUUGAGAAAUUCCUCACGGUUACGGGACUCAAGUAUUUCCAGUGACCUUCACCCUGCUAAAACAGUUUACUUAAAAGUUGGCAGUGCUUUCUUCAAAGUGUGGGCCAAACUGUCGGCCUCAUCCAUGACAG